AUGGAGAAGUUCAUCUUUUCAGCAUUUGUUGAUGUUCUGUUGGCUUCCCUAUUGAUGUUUCAGCCCGUCAUCUGUUCCGGCAACUUCACUGAUCAAGAGGCUCUCCUCCACUUCAAAUUGACAAUGGAAGUUGACCCGAUGAACACCAUCAAAGGCGGCAAUUGGACCGUGGAAGCAAAUUUCUGUGAAUGGAUUAGUGUCGUUUGCAGCAACCGCAGGCAGAGAGUCACGGCUUUAGACCUCUCGUACAUGGAAAUUGGUCGUUUACACCGCCUGAAAGAACUCAUACUCGAAGAGAACCAUUUCGAAGGAAACAUUCCUCCUAACUUAGCCUGGUGCCAGAACCUGGAAGUCAUGUCACUCGCGAUGAACAGGCUAACGGGUGGCAUACCAAGAGAAUUUGGCGCCUUCCCUAACUUGCAACAACUGUUUCUUAGCUUCAACAACUUACUGGGUCAAAUUCCGAGUGUCCUGGGCAACAUAACCACAUUGCAGGGAAGCAUUCCUCGAAACAUGGACAGCUUGCAAAAGCUGCAGGAGCUAUAUCUUGGUGCUAACAACUUUUCUGGCACUAUUCCUCGAACCAUCGGUAACAUGUCAAGCUUGAACAUGCUGGACGGCGAAGUGCCUCAAGAGGUUUUUAAUAUUUCUUCACUUCAAGUGCUUGCUUUGACGGAGAAUUCCCUCUCUGGAAGCCUUCCCUCAGGUUGUGAUCUAAGCCUUCCGAAUUUGAAAAAACUCUAUCUAGGAGACAAUGGCUUUGGCGGCAACAUCCCGCAGUAUUUCUCGAAUUUUUCGAACCUAAUUCGUUUAGAGGUCGGGCACAAUCAACUCAGCGGACCAAUACCCACGAGUUUAGGCAACUUGAAGAACCUCAGACACUUUGGGGUUCAUUCAAAUCAACUAACAGGAGAGACUUAUGGUGCGGAGCUCGGUUUUCUCUCUGCUUUUAUCUAA